AUGAUUUUCUGCCGAGCGGCAUUUUUUGCUACAAUGCUCGUGGGGCUUCUGCUGCCGGAGAAUGUGGUAGGAAAAUGUGAUAGAGUACCUGAGGGAUCUGGUGCGGCCAAAUCACCAGCUGAUGGACGUUUUCGCAUAAGAAUUCAGGGAAAUCCCGAGAGGUAUACACCAGGAGAAAUUUAUACACUAUCUCUGGCUGGAAUUAGAUCCAUGCAGGUGGCUCAUAAAUUCUCUGGAUUCAUGUUGGCCGUUGAAAAAGAAAUCUAUGAUCCCAGGACUGACAUUGGAGGCAUGGGAAGUGCAGGACUUUUUCAACUUCUUGGAGAUACUUUGGCUAAAUUCAGCGAGAAGUGCCCAAAUGUCGUCACUCACACGAGUUCUCUGCCCAAAUCCGACAUCCAGGUUCUCUGGACAGCCCCACCUCCGGGAAGUGGCUGUGUGGUUUUCAGAGCCACAGUGAUCGAACACAGAGAUGUUUGGUACAUGGAUGAUGGUCCUCUCAGUAAGAUGUUUUGCGAAGAUGAGCAGGACACCAUAGAUGUUCAGCCCAUUAUUGAAGAUCCCUGCUGUGCCUGCCAAGAAGCUAAAUAUGAGGUGACAUUCGAAGGGCUUUGGUCUAGGCAUACGCAUCCCAAAGAUUUCCCAUCAAAUCGCUGGUUGACUCGCUUCAGUGAUAUCAUUGGAGCGUCUCACACGGCAGAUUACAGGUUCUGGGAGUAUGGUCAACCGGCUAGUGAAGGAUUGCAACAGGUGGCUGAGCAUGGUUCCACGAGGAUGUUGGAGAGUGAACUAAAGGCUCAGAGUGAGAAUAUAAGGACAAUUAUAAAGGCACGAGGAAUAUCGUAUCCAAAUGUCACUGGGAAGACUUUUGCUGUCUUCCGGGUUGAUUCUCGGCAUCAUCUAGUGUCCUUGGUAUCUAUGAUUGAUCCUUCACCCGAUUGGAUUGUCGGUGUUUCUGGGUUGGAAUUGUGCCUGGCUAAUUGCUCGUGGAUUGAGAAUAAAGUGUUGAAUUUGUAUCCUUGGGAUGCUGGGACGGAUAGUGGACCUUCUUAUACGUCACCGGAUCAGCCGACAAAUCCGCGAGAUGUUAUUCGAAGGAUAAAGUCGAACUUUCCCAAUGACCCAAGGUCUCCGUUCUAUGAUCCAACGGGCGGAGAAAUGAAGGCAAUGGCUAGGGUUUAUAUUUCGAGGCAGAGGCUGUAUGAUAAGAAUUGUGAGACUGAUACGUCUGGGGAGGAUUUGGGAGGAUAUGGUGCUGGGAAUAGAGCUUGUGAGAUGACUCCGUGGAGUUCAUGGAGUACGUGUUCAGUGCCGUGUGGGAAGGGAGAGAGAUUUAGGCAGAGGAAUUAUCUGAAUCCAAUUGCAGCCAGUCAGAAUCACUGCAAUCGGAGGAUUCAGGAGAGGGGAACGUGUUAUGGGUCGGAAAGGCAUUGCCGGAUUGGGGGGCGAGGGGAGUUUCAGCCGGAUCUGUCUGAGGCUAACAAUGAGGUCUUUCCGAAGUGUGCUUUGACUGAGUGGUCGCCAUGGAGUGAAUGCAGCAAGGGUUGCGGGAAGGGAGUUAGGGUUCGUACGAGGAACUAUGUGAUGAGGGAAGCAGCGAAAGACUGUCAAAGAGCAUCACCGAAUCGACCACAGUUGCGGCAGGAAGAAGAGUGUUGGGGCAAGAAUUGUUCAGGAGAUAUUGGAGAUGACAGUGUUCCACCGUACAAUAACUAUCCGGCUGUCAAUGCUGACCAGGAUCCAGUGUAUGAUGAAGAUGCAUUCUUUAAGCCACGUCCGGGAGGUGGCAGGGUUUACGAUCGCGGAAAUCGCGAGUGUAAACUCACUGAAUGGACGGUAUUUAGUCCCUGCAAUGCUAUUUGUGGUCUUGGUCUCAUGAUGAGAUAUCGCUAUCCAAUUCGUGAGGAUAUUGAUCCACAAGAUGUACAAAACAAAGCAGUUGACUACUUAAACAAUAAACGCCCUGAAAUUCCCCAUAACCCUACAAUUACAAAAAUGGAAAUGGAUGAUGGUUUUGAGGGCGAAAAAUUCUGCAAUGGUCUUGUUUGUUUAGAUUCUGAUGAUCCUUGCUUGCGCAUUCCAAUGAUUGAAGUAGUUGUCUGUGGGCAUGAUCAACCAUCUUGCGAUGAUCUUCCGGUUAUAUGUCGCCUUCUUCCGAAUCCAGGUUCCUGCAGGAAUGGCACAAAUCGCUGGUACUACAAUGCAAAGUCCCGAGAAUGCGCAAUAUUUGCUUACGGAGGCUGCCUGGGCAAUGAGAAUAAUUUCCUGUCACGAAAUGAAUGUAUGACGGCAUGUGAAACGCCCAAUUAUGGCUAUCAGGAGUAUCAGAGUCAGGAAAACUUUCGAGGGAUUGGAAAUAUUCCCAUUAGGGAUCAGAUACUUGCAGAUGCAAGUAGGGAUUGUCAGGUGUCUCACUGGGAGCGUGGUCCGUGCAAUGUUACCUGUGGAUCGGGUUUUCGCGUCAAGACACGUCGAAUUCUCAGGUAUCCUAUUAAUGGGGGCAAACCUUGUCCCAGGAAGCUAAUUCGGUAUGAACGCUGCGAGGGAUCCUGCAGUCCACAGCAAGAUUUAAAUCCAUCCUGGGGACCAACUCAACCAGAUCCCUGUCAUUAUUCACUCUGGAGCAACUGGUCACCUUGCAGUGCCACCUGUGGCAGCUAUUCAGUACAGCAGAGGACAAGGUAUGUUCUCAAUCCUUCUCCUGGGAUCUCCUGUACGCAUCGUGUUGAGGAAAGACGCUGCAAUGUGAUGCCUUGUUCAGUGGAAAGUUAAAGAUUCAUCUAAACUCGCUUUUUUUUCUUCAAUUAAUUUAAUUUUGUUCUAACCAAGGGGGAGAUAUUAGGGUUGAAAGUGGUGUACGCGGUUGAAAAUGAAGUGAUUGGAAGUCUUUGGAAGUGGAAGUGCCCGAUUAUACCGUUUUUUCUGACUAAUUUCAUAUUUUUCACACUACGCUACUUUUAGUUAAAAUUUUUAAUUCGAACGGCAGUGUAAUUUGAAAAGAUCUUUUUUGACAAUUUACAAGUUCGGUUAUGACAAUGAAAUGGAGCAAAUACAGUGGCGAUAAGAUAAAUAGCACACCUUCAGCGAUAGUUCUAUUUUGAUGUUUUAUGAUACAAUGGCCUCAAUUCUGAGACUAAGAUCAAGAUCAAGAAAAUUUCAAGAUUUUGGUAUUCAGAAAUCAAAAAAUCAAGAUCAAGAUGUCAAAUGUCUUGAAAUCUUGAAAUCCAAGACACAAACCGUGUGGAUAUCAAGAUUUGCAAUUCUGGAACCAAUAUUUCAAGAUUUCAAAACGUCAAAUUUCUUGUUUUCUUGAAAUAAUACCAAGAACCUCUCGGAGGUGCUUGGAAUUUUCAAGAUACUAACAAUUUGAAGAGUUUCAUGCGGAAAUUAUUUUUGACCAGGAAUAUUUCUAUAAGAGAUGAUACAAAAAGAGAAUUACUAUGAAAAACGCUAUGUUUGAUCUUGUAAUUUAAUCGUAAUAAUACAUAUUUCUAGAUGUACGUUUCGAAGUACAACACUCUGAGAAUACCUGCAAAAUAAUCACAUCUUGCAUAAGCAUUUCAGGGUUUAUUACACGUUACAAGUUUUGUUUGAACUUCUUUUAUUCCUGAUUAUGGCCUGUCAUAUAUUAUUUAAUACAACCUAUAAUUAAUUUUUGUAAUUUAUAUGGCAAAAUUUCAACAAAUUCAACAAAGAAAUGAAGAUAUUUGUCAGAAUUGACGUUUUGUUAAGUGUGGAAAAUCUUGAAAUCUUGGUUCUUAGCUAAGACAUUUUAAAUUCCAUAAAUGCUUUGCGUCAGAAUAUGAAAUCUUGAUCUUGAAAAUAUUUGACAGCUUGAAAUUUUGAUCUUGAUCUUGAUCUCAGAAUUGAGGCCAAUAUCAAUCUUUCUACAUGCAUGCUUUAUUUUUUAGAAAAUAUAAUGCCCAUUAUAAAUAAAAAAUGAUAAUUAUUUAAUAUUUGUAUCUAUUAAAAUCAUGUGUUUUUGUCAUUUUAUGAGUUUAGGUAUAAUUUGUGCGGCCAAUUUAAAUAGCACACUUUCAUUUUCUCUGAAAAUAUUACCUGAGAUUUACUUUUAUUUUAAAAUUCAUUAUAUUUCUGUAUUUUUGGUCAUUUAUAGGCAUUAAUACCACAAAUUUUCGUAAAAUAAAGUUAUGAGAACUGAAAAAUAAUGUAAAUUGACCCCUUAGUACAGAUUUACAGGUUUACGUAAAAGAGUUUAGGAUAACUAAGAUUUUUUUUGUAAAUUAUAUUGUUCAAGGGAGAAAUAUCAUCAAUUCAAUUAUUUUUUAUGAUCAAACUUACAAAUCACGCAAAAACUCGAAAAUUUCGAGAAAGAAUUACAAUUCCUAGAGAAGAUUCUGCUAUUGUUCUUAUAGUAAAACUGAAUUUAUUUGCCGCCAUUCCAAAAGUAAUGGAACAAAUUGAACAAAAUUUCAAAAUUAAGUGAUGUAAGCAUUACUGAAAGCCGCUUAUCUAAAAAUACCCAUGAUCCUUCGUUGUCAAGCGCUUAUUUUUUCCAAAAGUUAUUUAAAAGUACUAAUUAUUUCAAAUUUAAUUUUCAAAUAGAAUUCGUAAGUUGUUAAUUGCAGUAGAAGCCGAAAACUCUGACUUCUUAUAGGAUGUGCUAUUUAUAUUGUCUUCUUAAUAUGUGCCAUUUCAAGAAUUUUUUGAUCGUACUAAAUUUCUGGAUAGAACUUUCAGGUUUUUUCUUCAUAAUCAAAAUGUAUUUAUAUACAAGUUCAUCUAUUAUUCUUACUUUCAUCAUUUAAAAGCAUAAUUUUUCGAAAAAGAAAGCAUAUAUUAUAGUGUCCGAAACUGUGCUAUUUAUCUUGUCGCCACUGUAUGCUCAAAUUUAUUACACCUUAAUUUGUGUUGUAAUUUUUCCGAAGAAAUAUUCAGCUGAAUAAGAAUUUUCUUUGCUUUUUACAGAUAUUUCAAAUUCAUAUAGUUGCUCACAAAUAAUGACAUAGCUAUUGUAAUUGACUUUGAAUCAAUUUGAUAUAUUUUUUUAAAAUAAUUUAUUGUAAUAUGUAUUGGAUGAUUGCAUAAAUUCGUGGGACUUUUUCGCAAAUGUAGUUAUGGGGUAUCCCAUAAGAACACAUCCACCAUUUUUUUUUUUGUUAACGUUUUUGCAUAUGCUGGAAAGUUUUUAGUGUAUUACGUCUCUUCAAAAUGGUCGAUUUCUGCUUUUGAGAACUUUUACGAAAUAUGAGAAACGAAAAGGAACAUUUGUAAUAUUUUAUGUUUGCGUAAUUUUGAAUAAAUCUAAGUAAUGCUCUUUCAUAAAAAAAAAACAUUUCGGAGGUUUAGUUAGAUCGUGUCCUUGCUCUAUUUUCCAACAGUAGCUUCACUGGUCUCUUAGGAAAAUUCAAAAUAUGUUGAUACCCCUUCGUAAAACAAAGAUAAUACAGAGGGUCCUCGAUAGUCAAAUAAUUAUUUCUAGGCUUGUUGACUCCAUUGGAUUCGGUGAUUCUAUCGGAGUCCGGAAAAAAUCAAAUCAAAUAAAAUGUGAAAUUCUGAUAUAAAGGGUAUUAUUUUGUGUUUGUACUGGAUAAUUGAUAAAUUUAACGCGAUAGUAGGAUAUUUCAUUUAGGUACUAAACCCAUAAAUUCUACACCCUCUUGUCCAAAAAAGUCAUAUGUUUGGGCAAAAGUUGGAGAUUAAGGAAUGAUUUUACAGAAUGUUUUUAUUAUUAAUAAGUACAGUGAGUGUCAAUAGUUUAUUGCCUAAUGCAUGUUUGGGAAAACAAGUGAAAAAAAUUAUAGAAAUAUUACUUUUCCAAAUUUUUCGUUUUGCAGAUGAGUUCCCUGUAAUCUGUAGAUAUUAUCUAUAUUUUUCAAAAAAAUAAUUAAUUUUAUUUCAUAUCAGAAAUCAAAAAUCGUCCAUCCACGAUGUUAAGAUAAGGAAAUGGUGUCUUAAAGAUUUCUUUUUUCACUUUUUUUAGAAGAGCUCCGGUAGAUAUUUAAUUGUUGAAAAUUUUGAUGCAAUUAACGCUAUUAAUUAGAAUUUAUUUUCAACUUUUAUUGUAUGAAAGCCCCAUAGCAAAAUUCCGCAAAAAUUCCAAUGGAAAACUUGCGUCCAAAUGGCUAAAUUCGCUGGAAUUUGACGCUAAAAUUCCACUAAGUUUUCCUAUGGAAUUUAAAGCCGGAAAUUCCAUGGAAAUCAUAGUGCUCCAUGGAAUUUACUAGUACGACAUGCUGGAAUUCCAGCGUUAAAUUCCGCGGUAUUCCGCGGAAGAUUUAUAUGGAAACUCACACGUGAAACGUCCGCGGGAUAAGCUGGAAAAAACAUAUGGAAAUUUCCACUAUCUUUCCAUAGUGUUUUAUAUGGAUUUUUCCACUAGUUUUCUGAAAUGUCAAACAAAUAAAAUGGUGUUGCGACAACUUUUAGAAUUUGUUUCCAAACCUUCCGCAAACAUUUCUAGUGAUUCAUGUGGCAAUUAUAAUAUAAUUAAUUAUGCGAUGCUGCGUUUCGUGUAGAUAAUAAUGAAGUGAUUACAUUAAAUAGGCCGCCAACCUAAAAUAAUGCUGUUUUUAUGUUAAUUAAUAUAUAUUUUAGGAAAUUUUUUUUUUUUAAUAAAAUAUUUUUUUAUUGCUCAAAGUGUGAAUUCGUUAUUGCUGGUUUAUAAAAACAUAUUAUAAUCCUCGUAAUCUUCGCCGUUUCUAUAAAAUUCGGAAGUAAAAUCAUGAGGUGCAUGUGACAGCUUCAUUUUUUCUCCAUUUUAUUUUGGUGGAAAAAUCCACAUAAAUUCCACGAGCAUUUCCAUGGAUGUAUUCUAUAGAAAAAAUCCAGCAUAAAUCCAUAAAAUUUUCCUUGGAACCUAUUAUGGAAAAUUCCUAUGGAUUUUUUUAAGGAAAAAUAGUGGAAAAUUCCGAGGAAUUUUUCGCUUGUUAUUCCUAUUCCGCUUUCUUUUGCUAUGGGGAGAACAGAUUGAUAGUUGUUCUUUUCAUUAUGACAUAACUAUGACUCUAAACUUCACAAAAAGAGCAAUAAAACCAAUUUUUCUCAUAUUCUUCUUAUUCUGAAAAAUGGGCGCUACAUGGUUAGAGAUAUCUACUUAGAGUCUUCAGAUGACCCUCUAAUAAGUCAACCUGAGGAUUAUUAUUAUGAUCCUCAUUUCCUCCCUACUCCUCCCGUUUCAGCGCCAAAAUCGUUUGUUUUUUUUUAUGAUUACAGGAAAACACGUCAUACGGGAUCAUAAGGCUUAAUCAAAAAAUCUUAAGACAAGAGAGAAAAGAUAAGAAAAUUUUCAAUCGGUCAAAACGCUUAAAAUCAGGAAAAAAAAUAUUUUGUCGAAAUUUGAUUACACGGUUAAUAUACGAAUUUUAUCAUAAUAUUAUUUUUCUUGUGUUAUAAACGUUACAUUGAUACACCAAAACACUGUUUUAAAUUUCGAAAAAGUCAAGAUAAAAUCAUAAAAUAUUAUAAAUUCAAUAAUAAAGAAAAAGUUGACUCUAUCGGAGUCCGUAGAGUAAAAACAUAGCUGUUGACUUUAUUGGAGAUUGACUCUAUCGGGGGUUGACUCUAUCGAGGUCCCACUGUAUUUACAUUACUGGAAGUAUGCAAGAGUAUCUGUCGCUAGAAAUUCAAAAUAUAAGCAAAAUGUUAGAAAUAUGUCCAACGCACAAUCACUUUUGUUUUGUAAACAUGUUUUUGACAUUUCAAUGAGAGUGAAUGAAACCUAAAUCUAGUCAUCUCGCUCACUCUUACAGACAAUUUUGAAAACAUGUUUACCAACAAAAGUUAUUGUGCGCUGGGCAAUAUGCGGAAUAAUAAAUUUCUUGAGAUAUUUUUUAAAGUUUUCUUAAUUAGAUUUCUCAUAAGAUUAAAUAAAUUAUUGAUUAGUAAGUGCAUGAAGUGCAAGAAGUGCUGGAAGUAUUGCAGCAUUUUCGAGAGUGUUGCGAAGUUUUGGAAGUACGCAGGGCUAUUCCAUGCAAAUUGUGGAAGUGCCUGGAAGUGGUGUACACUUUUCACCAAAUAUCUCCCCCUUGGUUCUAACAAUUUCGGUAAAAUUCUUUUGAAAAUAGCAUUGUUUAUUCUCUGUAUUCUUAAUAGAUUUAAGACAAAAUGCGAGAUAUUAAAAAGGUAGUUUGUUGAAA